UGUGAUUUCAAGACAGGAGAAACGAGAAUUUGGAAAAAAUAUGUCGGAACAGUACUUCUGUGCUUGUUGUGACGAUAAAGUUGAAGCAGAACAUUGGUGUUCAGAUUGUACCGAAUCAUUAUGUGAUGACUGUGCAACAAUCCACUGUAAAACUACUUUAACAAAAAGACACAAAGUAGUCCGAUUACAGAAAGUCGAAGGUGUCAGUUCUUCCAUAUUAAGGAUAUCCGACACGUGUAAAGUGCACGAACGUCAGAAAUUGACGUUUUUCUGUAAAAUGCAUGACCAGUUGCUAUGCGCUGCUUGCUUACCAGAGAGCCAUAAAGACUGUGUUGACGUUAUAACUAUUGACAAAGCGUCAAGUGGGGUCAAACAUGGUUCUGCUCUGGGCGACCUGGAGGCAAAGAUAAAGGAGCUACGAGAGAUCAUCACAGAAAUUCUCAGAACUAAGGAUGCAAAUACUAUUACCUUAAACGAACAAAAAGAACUGAUUUCGAACGAAAUCAAACGAAUGCGAUUAAAAAUAAACACACACCUUAACAGAAUAGAAGAAGAACUGAAGAGUACUUUAGAAGCAAAACACAUGGAAAGUAUAACCAAGGUUCAACACGGCCGAGGAGAUCUAGCGCAUGCCAACAAAACUCUAGAAACAUGGGAGAAUGACUUAGAGAACUUGAAAGAUAGUGCCACAGAUGUACAUAUGUUCACCGUUGUCAAAACUUUAGAACCAAAAUAUACGAAUGAAGAGAACAAGAUACGAGAUGUCCAGUGGGAUAACAUCAAACUCGACUUGGAAUUCCAACCGACCGAUAUUGCUGACGACAUAAAGGCUAUAUUGCCCGAACUUGGCAAGUUAUUUGUGAGAGAAACCAAUGCAACCGGACUAUUCAAGCUUAGGAGACUUCGUCAACGCUUGCAGGAGUUACAGCCGCCACUUAAUGUUCCAACCCAUAAGUUUGAUACAUCACGAUUAGGACCUGGCAUAGAAGUCAAAAGGGGAUGUUUCCUUCCCGACAACAAGAUCAUGCUUUGUAGUUACAAUGACGAAAACUUACUUAUUUGUAAUACUGAUGGACGCGAGCUACGUAAAUUAAAAAUGCAGUAUAUUCCAUUGGAUGUUGCUGUAUUCGACGACAAAUGUGCGGUAGUUGCUGCAAACGAGCGUGGUGUACAACCAAUUGAUCUCGCACUUUAUAAAAGAGAACCGUAUAUUUCAGUACCUAAUGAAAAAUGUGUUGCGGUUGCCUGUUUUGAAAAGAAGAUAGCAGUUGCUCACGACAUUAAAGCUAUAACCGUCAUUGACAAAGAAGGCAAAAAGUUGAUGAGAGUUGUAUUGAGAUUCUUGCCUCGAUAUUUAACAUACAACCAUUCAGGUCGAUUGUUCUGGACUAACACGAAUAAUCAUGAGAUCAAUUGCAUUGACCCAGAAGGAGCCCAAAGGUUGUACUGCAGUAGUCCAUACAUAAACGACCCAAGAGGAGUAGCCCUUGAUGAAAAUGAUAACUUGUUCAUCGCUGGGUCCAAGAACGUACACAAGAUUUCAAAAGAUGGCAAGGCACAAGAAAUAAUUCUGACGGAAGAUGACGGUAUCAGAGAACCACAGGACUUGUCCAUUAGUAUCAAUCAUUACGGACUUUCACAUGCCCUGUUAGUUAUUAACAACCAUUUACGAUCUAUUGAAACUUUUAGACUCGAGUGAAUUUUCAUUUACUCAUUUAUGUGUUCUCUUAUUGGCACAUGUGU